AUGACAGUUGAAAUCCAAGAAAAGUAUAAACCGCAAGUACCGCGAGAAGUCGAGGUCAGGCUUGGAAAAGGCGUGGCAGGAACAUUGGCUAUACCGCAUGCGUUUGAAGCAGAAAACCCUUUUGAAGACAACUUGGUUCCAGCGACACAUAAAGUGGCAUUAAUCUUACAUGGCCAAGGUGGCCACAGAAACUAUGUUUACCAAAAGCAUUUGGCGCAUAGGUUGGCACAUGACUUGGGUAUGCUCAGUUUAAGAAUUGAUUUCAGAGGAUGCGGAGACUCUGCAGAUAAUGCUGAUGCAAAGGAAGGAAGGGCCUUGCUGCAGGAUGUUGAAGAUAUUCAAGCUGCCGCCGAAUUCAUCAAAAGUGGAGAACUAAAUGGUCUUGGUAUUGACUUGACUUUGAGUGCAGUCAUUUCCCAUUCACGUGGUGGAGUCGCAAUGUUUCUUUGGGCUUUAGAACAAGAUGCCUUGAUGAAAAAAGGUGAUCCAAAAGCAAUAAUUGUCCCAAAUUUAAUCAAUUGUGCUGCUAGGUACACAUCAAAGACAGUAUUGGAAAGAUAUAGUGCCUUUGUUGACUAUGAUUACAUCCCUGAUGUUACCACAUUUAGAUAUGGGAAAUACAUCAAGCAUGAUUUGUCUGCAAGAGAAAUCAUCACCUUGUCUAAACCCGAUUUCAGCCUGUUGACAUCGUUAUCAAGGGAUUGGUCGUGUCUCAGUAUAUACGGAUUGGAGGAUGCAAUAAUUCCACGCUACGAUAGUGCGAACUUUGCCAAUGCUUUGAAUAGAGGACCAUUGUCGCAUACCUUGAAAUUGAUUCCUGAUGCUGAUCACAAUUUCUUUGGCCAUAAGGAGAUUGAACCAGAUGACGAUUUGUCCGAUGUUAACCCUUUGAACUUGCCCUUGAAAGGAACUAAUAAAGUCAAUUACAAUUUCCUUGUUUGCGACUAUAUUAUAGAAUACCUUUCACCACAAAAUGAAUUGGAACGGUUUUUGAGUUCAACAAGCGAAAUCGGUAGUGUACCAAGAUGGAAAAACGUUGAAGGUGUUAGCAAUUUUAGAGACACGGGAGGUUGGAGAAUCCACAAUCCAACAUAUAAAUUGACUGAUGGAGAUAGCAAAAGUGAUGAUGCAGAUCAUCAUGUGUAUUAUGUGAAACCCAACUACGCAUUUAGGUGUGCCAAUGUUGCUGGGCUCACUGAGCGUGGUCUCGAGACAAUUCAAAAGCUUGGUAUUAAAGCCAUCUUUGAUUUGAGAUCAGAUGGCGAAAUUGCCAAGGAUGGAUACCCCGAGAAUUUGGCCAAUUUUGGCAUUGAAAGAAUACACGCACCUGUGUACUCUAACGAUGAUUAUUCGCCGCAGGCUAUUGCAAUUAGAUACACCAAUCUCAUGACAUCCUGGUCUACAUAUGUCAAUGUUUAUGAGGAUAUGCUUGAAUUCGGUGUUGACUCGUUUAAGACUGUGUUUCGUUAUAUUUUGGAGCAGAACAAGCCUUUUUUGUUUCAUUGCACUGCCGGAAAGGAUCGUACUGGAAUCUUGGGUAUGUUGAUUUUACUUCUCGCAGGGGUUGAUAAAGAUACAAUUGGCAAGGAGUAUGAGUUGACCACCAUAGGGUUGAAACCUGAUCACCCAGUACUCAAGAGCAAGUUUAUUGAAACCGUUACAAAAUUGAAGGAGAAAUUGGGCGGAGGCGAGGCUAGUGAUAUUGAAAAUUUGAUUUCUCAAGGUAGGAAAAGUUGGACUUUGGAGGAUGAUGGGUUCAACAAUUUGAUUAGUUCAAGGUAUGAAGCGAUGUUGGCAACCAUCGCCCAUUUCAAUUCUACAUAUGGAGAUAUAAUCAACUACAUGAGGGAUAAGUUGGGUUUCAACGAUGAAGAGAUUAAACAGAUUUAUGAGAAUUUGGUUGUUGUGGACCCUCAGAAUUAUGGGUUUGAAGUUAGCUCGAGCUUGGUUUGGAAUCAUAGAAAUGUCGGACGCGCCAAGUUUUAA